ACUUACCAUUCCUUUGGGAGCUUUUUUUGUUGUGAAAACGAAUCUCAAUUUUUCCCAACUGAAAAUUAAAACAUCACUUUCAAAUUUUUACAAUGGCAGAAGCUGGACUUGAAAUGAAGAAACUUAAUUAUUCGGUUGACAGUUGCUCCAGUUUUUCCGCUACCUAUUUCCCGGAGAAUAUCAUGAAAGAUUUCCCAACAGAUCAGGCAUCUAGGUGGUCUUCCGAUUCAAACAUACCCCCACAGUUCAUACUUCUAAAAUUGGAAAGGGCAUCACUUAUUGAAAGCAUCACCUUUGGAAAAUAUGAAAAGACUCAUGUAUGCAACCUUAAAAAGUUCUGUAUAUACGGGGGACUCCAUCCAGAGAACUUGGUUGAGUUACUUAACAGUGGUCUAAAGAAUGACAACCAACCAGAAACAUUUUCUCUGAAACAUCUAGUUGAAGGGAAAAUGUUCCCCUGUCGUUUUGUUAAAAUUGUUCCUGUUCAAUCAUGGGGGCCUAGUUUCAAUUUUUCCAUUUGGUAUGUUGAAUUGGUGGGUACUCAAGACUGGGAAGCAGUUAAACCAUGUAUUCAAUGGUACAAUGCUUACCGGGAAAGAGAGGCAAUAAGAUUGUGCCUGAAACAUCUCAGGCAAAAUCAGUGUCUUGAGGCAUUUGAAUGUUUGCAGAAAAGAACCAAAGUUCAGCUUGAAGAUCCUUUACUCAGUGAACUGCAUUGGGCCAUGGUGGUUAAAGGGGAUUACGAAGCGACCGAACAGCUACUUCAUCGAGCCGUCGACAAUGGGUUAUUCGGUCCGUACAUCCAUUCUCAAGACUAUGUACCAGAGUGGUCAAGAAUUCUUCCGUGUAUCGACGAGGAUCCUUGCCAUCGUCCUGGUAUGAGAGGCGGCCAUCAGAUGUGCAUCGAUACCAACACAGAGACCAUAUAUCUAUUUGGUGGUUGGGAUGGUGUCCAGGACUUGAAUGAUUUAUGGUCUUAUUCAGUACCAAGUAAUUCAUGGACGCUAUUGAGUAAUAAUACUGAAGAAGAAGGUGGGCCUAGUGCCAGAUCUUGUCACAAAAUGUGUCUAGAUCAGGAUCAUCGCCAGCUGUUUUGUUUGGGGCGCUACCUUGACAGUCAACACCGACACACCAACAAUCUGAAGAGUGACUUUUACAUGUAUGACAUUGAACAAAGAAAGUGGCACCUGAUUUGUGAGGACACUGCUGCCGUUGGCGGCCCUAAGCUGAUAUUCGAUCAUCAAAUGUGCCUGGACCCUGAGAAGAGAACCAUUUACGUUUUUGGAGGAAGAAUACUCAGCCCAGCGCCCGGCUACCCUGAAGAACGAGGAUUGGCAGUAGCUAGUAGUAGUGGCAUGGCCGGAGCUUUUCUGUCAGAACCUCAGUUUUCCGGACUCUAUGCUUAUCACAUACCAACGAGCACAUGGCGCUUAUUACGAGACGAUCCAUCAGGCUCACCAGGAUUAGGUCCCAUCGAAAUGCGGUCUCGAAUUGGCCACUCGAUGUUAUUUCAUCCGAGCGAACGCAAGUUAUUCAUCUUUGCGGGUCAACGAAGCAAAGAAUAUUUGAAUGACUUUUUUACCUAUAACGUGGAUACGGGUGAAGUGACGACUGUGACAGACGGAACAAGACGAAGAGACCCGGCCCAAAUUCCAGCUGCCGGUUUCACGCAACGUGCCACCAUCGACCAUGAGCUCAACGAGAUCUAUAUCCUUUCUGGUCUAAGUAAAGACAAGGACAAGCGAGACGACAACGUCAAAAACUCCUUCUGGGUUUACAAUAUUGUUGAUAACAAAUGGUAUGAUACUCAUCUUGUUUUGAAAAGGAUUUUGUCAUUAGAAGAUUAUGUUUGCAGGACGUGUGUCUAUCGAAACGAUAGUUCGCGUGAGAAGGAGUCGGACACGAGUAAUAGAGUCCCAGGCGAGGAGCCAUGCCCGAGAUUUGCCCAUCAACUUGUUUACGACCAUGUCAAAAAGGCCCAUUACUUGUUUGGAGGGAACCCUGGGCGUUCUAACGAUCCCAAGAUGCGCCUUGACGAUUUUUGGUCACUUCGAUUAUGUCGUCCGAGUCAAGGCCAAUUGCUGACGCGCUGUCAAUUUCUGAUACGCAAAUGCCAGUUUCGUGAGUUGACUGAGGCCGAUCCUAUACGGGCUAUGUUUUAUCUACAGAACAAUUUGUCAGCUGUUGUGGAUCGUACCAAUGACGAACAAAUGGCCGAAUUCCACCAAUUGACCAAUCUUCUCUUCCGCACCGAGGAACAACAGGAAGAAGAUGAAUUGUUAAACGGCAAAGUCGAUGCCGAAUCGACAGUUAAUAGCUCCUAUAGACUUCGAUCGAGUGUUUUCGACGCAUUAGCUCGUUUUUUUCCAGACUACAUGGCUCAACCGAGAUUCAGUCUCACCGACUUUGUCGCGUUUGAUAAGGCUUGAUCAUUAAGAUCAAAUACCUUCUCAAAUGGAACCGCAGCUUAACAUUUCAAUAACCCUUGCCCGAAACGUGUUCAGAUCCCAGGUCUUCACUCAUCUAUACAUCAUGUGCAAAAUCUCUUUUUACCUUCCUAUUUGAAUGCUUGUCGUGAUUCGACUUGUGCUGCUUGCAUAACUAGCGAUUUUACGAUUACGGUGUAGAAUAUUGUUCAACAUGAUAAUCUGAUUUGAUGAAGAUAUUUUGUUUGUACAAAUUAUACAAAAUGCCUAUUA